CUCAUUUCCUGCGAUGUGAAAUUGCGGCCUCUAGGUAAUGUUAUUGCUCUUGCGCUGCAACACCGUUAAUGUGCGGGCAGCACAUACAAGGGAAUGGAGAACAGAGAAAGAUAAACUACAUAUUAACGCUAUUAAUCUUCCAAAGUGGUCAUCUGGACUGAAGUCUAACGGUUUGUCAUGGACUGCUUUCACGCUGGGAAACAACGGAAUUAUAUAUAUUCCUUCUGAUUGCGCGCAUAAAAUACGUGAAUGAAAAUAUGGUAACACUGUGGAGUCUGUGAGAAACCGAAGAACAAGGGAGUGGUCACUUCUCUGUCCAUCACAGCGUAGCCCCGCCCACUGCCACACAACCCUACUCAUCGCAACAGAGCCCCACCUUCUGCCAGAGCCCCACCCACUGCCACACAGCCCCGCCCGUUCUCCCGCCCACGCGCCGUGCCCCGCCCUGCCCCCCUCGCUCGACCAUGUCCAUCAUGGACCACAGCCCCACCACGGGGGUGGUGACCGUCAUCGUCACCCUCAUCGCCAUCGCCGCCCUGGGCGCGCUCAUCCUGGGCUGCUGGUGCUACCUGCGCCUGCAGCGCAUCGGCCAAUCGGAGGACGAGGAGAGCAUCGUGGGCGACGGCGAGACCAAGGAGCCCUUCCUGCUGGUGCAGUACUCGGCCCGAGGCCCGCGGGCCGAGCACAAGACCAAACUCACGCCCAACGGCGCCGAGAGCCGCAGCUAACUGGGCCUGGGGACACGCAGCGGGGCCCCGUCCCCGUCCCUCCACCCCACGCGCGGCCCGGUCCCCGUCCCUCCACCC